AUUACACAUUUCUUAUUCUGCUGCGUCCUAGUUAGUAUCAAUCUGUGCUUUUUUCCUUAGACAAUCAAAAUUUAAUUUUUAAGUUGAAACUGUGUAAUUUAAUUGGACAUAAUGACUGUAGCAACAGAAAAUGUUCAUAAUCAAAAAACCGUAAAUUUAUUGUAUUUCAAUCGUGUGAAAACAGAAAUCCCAGUUAUUAAAAUGGGAUAUGAUUUUAUCUCUCACAUUUACUAUGGACUCAAGGAUUCGUCUGCUAUAAUGCAAUGGAGUCUGGAAAAAGUUAGCACUGGAGCUGAGACUGCAAUUCAAUAUCCAUUGUCGUAUGUUAAAAAACCAUUGAAGGCCGUUGAUCAUAUGUUAUGUACAACAUUAGACUUGGCAGAACUCAAUUUACCGAUGUUAACCAAAACUCCAGGACAACUGUACGACGAGAGUAUCAAUUACGUUGUAGACAUGGUGCAUCCAAUUACUGAAUGGGUGGACAUGGAACUUUUGCCUCCUGCUGAAUAUUACGUCGAUUAUUUCUUACCAGAAUUAGAGCCAGAAAAGAACAAAGGUGAUGACAAGAAGUCAAGAGUACUCAGACUGGCCAGCACAAUAGUGCGACGAACCUUUCAGCACGCCUACGCAGAACCAAAAUACCUUUUGUACCUAACUAUUAAUGCGACCUCAGAGUCUUUUGCUAUGAUUAAAAUGCUAAUUGUCGACCAAAAAUUGCUUUUAACGACGUUUAAUAAUAUAUGGAAGAAACUUGGUGAUGGAGUCUCUCCUGAUGAGGCAGCAAAAAGCAAAUUGUUGGUUGAAAUGGGAUGUGUUCGACUCCUGAACGGAAGUUCAGUAAUAGUUAAAACAAUCGAAGUCUCCGCGGAUAUAGCUAAAUGUUACAUCGAAAUGUUCUAUGAAUACAUUAAACAAAUGAAAGAUAGUGCUAUUGACGGUGUAUCGAGAAUAGUAACACCUACAACAAAACCGCAAAAACAACAGAAACAAGCGCCUAUCAAUCCACCGAAAACUACCACCAAAGAUGCACCUAAGGAAGAAGCUUCUACUAGUAAAGCUCAAACACCAGCACCAACUCCGACACAAUCGUCAUCUUCCUCAGGAUCUACUCCAGCAUCAUCUGAGAAAUCUUAAGUUAAAAUAAAUAUUCAUAUAUUAAUUUAACUAGUGCUAUGUUUUACAUCAUCUUAUAGUUAAAAUUGAUUAUUUUAAAAUUUUUAUUCAAUUAAUUUAUUUUUGUGUUUUUAUAUAAUUAUUAAAUAUACUAUUGUUUCAAUUUUUUAUUAUUAUAAACGAACAUCACGGUAUUGUGUUUUAUAUA